AGCUGCUUCCCCCUUCCCUUCGACAUUUCCCAUUUUCCCCCAAAUCUCCAAAACUAACCUAAAGCCAAAAUCCCUUCACCUUUGUUUCGAAGACAGCCACCCUAAUCGGAGCUGCAGACGGCGGAGGUGGUCGUCUUGUCUGCGUCGAGGCUGGAGUCGCGGGUCGUGGGUCACCGUCGCUCGUCGUCUUCUCUGCUUCCAGGGUCGCUCACCGUCGCUCGUCCAUCACUGGUCGUCUUCUCUACUUCGUGCUCGCUUACCGUCGCUGGUCGUCUUCUCUCCUUCGAGAUUUAUGUGAAUUUUGAGGUGAAGAUAGCUGCAAAGUGUGUUGGAAGAAUGGAGCCAGGCGAGACGCCAUCAGUUUCUACUAAUGCUAGUUGGUCAUGGAAGGUGUGCCUUUUCAUAUCAGGUAUAGUUUUUGGUUCAUUCAUAUCAGGCAUCUUACUCAAUUUGAGACCCUUACUCGGCAGCAAGUUCCGGGCUCUGCUGGGUUACCAAGAUUCAGAUUCCAACAACAUCAAAGAUGAACCGUUGGGCGAGGAAGGCAGCAGGUUGAGCCAGGAAGAUUCGGCUUCUCUUCAUUCUCUGGAUUCAAAUGUCAGCCAAGGCAGCUCCCUGAGCCAGCAGGAAGAUUCAACUUGCGAUCAUCCUCCUCCGGAGUCAAAGUCAACUAUGACCGAGGGGAGUUCGUCUUCUCCGCGAGGUUAUAAAUAUGAUGUGUAUCUGAGUUUCAGAGGUGCUGAUACCCGCAUAACUUUCAUUGAUUUUCUUUACCAUCGUCUCAUGGCAGAAGGUAUCUUAGCCUUCAAAGACGAUGUGAAUUUAAGCAGAGGAGAAAGCCUUUCAUCACAGCUCCUGCAAGCAAUUAAAGAUUCACGGAUUUCUAUCGUUGUGUUCUCAAGAGGUUAUGCUAGCUCAACUCGGUGUUUGGACGAUCUGGUUGCUAUAGUUGAUUGUCACAAAGAGAUGAAGCAGGAACUUCUCCCAGUUUUCUAUGAUGUAGAUCCACGCGAUGUUCGAUAUCAAAGUGGGGCAUACGAGGAUGCGUUUGAUUUACAUAGGGAGAAAUUCAAAGAAGAGCCUGACAAGAUCUACAAAUGGAAGAGUGCUAUGACGUAUUUGGCCAAUUUAAGUGGUUUUGCUUUAAGAGAUCCCGCUGAAGCCGAAGGGAUUGAAAGAAUAGUUGAGGCUGUGCGGGACACACUGGUUUAUAAAUUCCAAAGUUCAAGAUCUACUCAUAAAAAUCCAGAAUCCACUGAAAGAAGACCAUCAUUGCAGGAAUUCAACAAAUAUGACGUGUUUCUCAGUCUCAGACGCACUCACACUCCCUACACAUUUAUUGACUACCUUUACCAUUAUCUUACCAAGAAAGGAUUUUCCACCUUCACGAGUGAAGAGGAGACUGAGAGAGGAGACUCCAUUCCUUCACAGGACCUCCAAGUAAUUAAAGAUUCCAGGAUUCUUAUAGUUGUCUUCACAAGAGAUUAUGCUGACUCAACUUGCUCUUUGGAGGAAAUGGCUACCAUAGUUGACUGUCACCGGGAACUAAAUCAAACUGUCAUCCCAGUUUUCUGUGGUGUGGAUCGUAGGGAUGUUCAAAGACAAACCGGCCCUUAUGAGAAAGCGUUUGUUUCAUAUACGAAGGAAUUCAAACAAGAUCCCCUUAAGGUUCAAAAGUGGAGGGAAGCUUUGAAGUACAUGACUAAUCUACAAGAUAUAAGUCUAAAAGAUUGGUCAGAGAUUGAAGCGAUUGGAAAUAUCAUUCAGAUAGUGGAACGAUUAUGCCCUAAAUUCUCAAGGCUUAGUAGCCACAGUCCAGUUGGUAUACAAUCCAGUUUAGCCAUGCUAGAAAAGCUUUUGAAAUUAGAGGAUGAUUGUGUUUUAGUUCUCGGAGUUUGGGGCAUGGGUGGAUCUGGAAAGACAACCCAUGCUUUAGCUUUGUAUGACAGAAUCGUUCAGGAAUUUGAGGGUGCUUGUUUUAUUGAGGACGUAAGCCAGGUUUACAGAUUUGGUGGUGCUACUGCUUUGCAGAAACAAGUCCUCUGUCAAUUUUUAAACGAAGAACUUUCAGAUAUGUACAGUCCUUUUGAAAUGUCUGGCUUCUUAAGAAGAAGGCUUUAUGGGAAAAAGAUCCUUAUAGUCCUUGAGAAUGUUGAUGUGCCAAGGCAGUUGGAGUCAUUGGCUAUAAAUCGUAACAUGCUUGGGAACGGAAGUAGGAUUAUCAUAACCACCAGGGAUAGACAUAUUUUGACUGCAUAUGGAGUAGAUGAAAUUUACGAGAUUCCAUUAUUGAAUGAAGAUGAAGCUCGUGAACUGUUCCUGAGUGCUUGUCCCGAUGUUACCAAUGAUGAGGGCUAUACUGAGUUGAUUCCCAGAGUACUAGAAUAUGCUGGUGGUCUUCCGUUGGCAAUCAGAGUACUAGCUUCUUUUUUGCGAUACCGUAAUGUAACCUUCUGGGAAGAUACCUUGAAUAGAUCGAGAAGAGUGCCAUCUUUUGAAAUUAUAAAGAUUCUUCAAAUAAGUUUCAAUGGAUUAGACCAAGAAGAGAAAGAAAUCUUUUUGCACAUUGCUUGUUUCUUUCAUGGGAAGAAGCUAGAUUUUGUAAAGGAAGUUCUAAAUUGUUGUGGAUAUUUUGCUGGAAUUGGGAUUCACGCUUUGAUAGACAAAUCACUCAUAAAAAAUGAGGAAGAGGAAAUUCAUAUGCAUGAUCUAUUGCAAGAAAUGGGAAAGGAAAUUGUCCGUCAAGAAUGUCUUGGAAAUCCAGCAUCGUGGAGUAGAUUGUGGCGUUACGAGGACUUUAGCUUUACCUUGAAGUCAAAGAAUGAAGCAAGCGAAGUUAAAGCCAUAGUUCUAUGUGAGGAUAUCUCCAUCUCCAAACAUGAAGAUCUGAACAUCGAAGGGUUGUCAAAAAUGACAAAUCUUAAAAUGCUCAUAUUAUUUCAUGAGCAUUUCUCAGGAAAGCUUACUUCUCUUCCCAACAAAUUACGGUAUCUUUUGUGGGAUGGAUAUCCUUUCUCUUCUUUGCCUUCAUUUGAACCGUACAACAGUCUUGUUCAGUUGAAUUUGCCUAACAGCCGCAUCAAAAGGCUUUGGCAUGGCCGCCAGAUCUUCCCAAGUUUGGAAAGGGUGGAUUUGAGUUACUCAAAAGAGCUCAUGGAGACGCCAAAUUUUGAAGGGAGCCCAAGUCUUAAGCGGCUAGAUUUCACAGGAUGCACAAAUCUAGUGCGAGUGGAUUCAUCUAUUGGACUUCUUAAAGAACUUGCUUACUUGAGUUUCCGUAACUGUUGUAGAUUGGUCAUCCUCGAUCUUGAUGUUGGAUGUAACUACGAUUGCAAAAAACCGGAAACCAAGCCAGAUUUUACAGGAGUAGGACUACCGAAUCUUGAGCACCUUGAUCUCGGAGAAUGUACAAGUUUAUCCACUGUUCAUUAUUCUAUUGGGACUCUUAAGCUUAAGUUCUUAAAUUUGCAAGGCUGCAUAAAUCUUGUUGAAAAACCUGAUUUCAGUGUGUUUCUAAGAGAUGAGCCAGAGAAUGAAGUGAUUGACCAUAGUCAAGUUGGGAUACGAUCCAAUUUAGCCGUGCAAGAAAAUCCAGGAUCGUCUCAAAGAUUGAGCCAGGAAUAUUCAGCUUCCGAUCAUGCUCCUCAGAAGUCAAAGUCAAUUAUGACCGAGGGGAGUUCGUCUUCUCCACGGGCUUAUAAAUAUAAUGUGCAUCUGAGUUUCAGAGGUGAUGAUACAUGCAAACAUUUUGCUCGUCAUCUUUCCUAUCGCCUCACGGAAGAAGGUAUUUUGGCCUUCAAAGACGAUGUGCAUUUAGACAGAGGAGAAAGCAUUUCAUCAGAACCCCUGCAAGCAAUUAAAGAUUCACGGAUUUCUAUCGUUGUGUUCUCAAAAGGUUAUGCUAGCUCAACUUCGUGUUUGGACGAACUGGUUGCUAUAGUUGAUUGUCACAAAGAGGAGAAACAAGAACUUCUCCCAAUUUUCUAUGAUGUGGAUCCAUAUGAUGUUCGAAAUCAAAGUGGGCCAUACGAGGAUGCCUUUGAUUCGAAUAGGGAGAGAUUCAAAGAAGAGCCUGACAAGAUCUACAAAUGGGAGAGUGCUAUGAUGUAUUUGUCCAAUAUUAGUAGUUUGAUUUUAAGAGAUCGGGCAGAAACAGAAGCCGAAGGGAUUGAAAGAAUAGUUGAGGCGGUGUGGGACACGCUGGUUUAUAAAUUCCAAAUUUCAAGGUCUACUGAUGAAAAUCCAGGAUCCUCUCAAAGAUUGCAGGAAUUCUACAAAUAUGACGUGUUUCUCAGUCUCACACGCACCCGCACUCCCUACACUUUUAUUGACAAACUUUGCCAGUAUCUCACCGAGGAAGGAUUUUCCACCUUCAAGAGUGACGUGGGGUCUGAGAGAGGCGAAUCCAUUUUCUCAGAGUCACUGCUCCGGCAAGCAAUUAAAAAUUCGCGGAUUCUUGUCGUUGUCUUCACCAGUGACUAUGCUGACUCCACAAUCUGUUUGGAGGAACUGGCUACUAUAGUUGAUUGUCACCGGGAUCUAAAUCAAACUGUCAUCCCAGUUUUCUGUGAUGUGCAUCCUAGGGAUGUUCGAAGACAAACCGGCCCUUAUGAGAAAGCGUUUGGUUCAUAUACAAAGGAAUUCAAACAAGAUCCCCAUAAGGUUCAAAAGUGGAGGGAAGCUUUGAAGUACAUGACUAAUCUACAACGUGUGAGUCUAAAAGAUGGGCCAGAGAUUGAAGCGAUUGGAAAUAUCAUUCAGACAGUGGAACGAUUAUGCCCUAAAUUCUCGAGGCUUAGUAGCGACAGUCCAGUUGGUAUACAAUCCAGUUUAGCCGUGCUAGAAAAGCUUUUGAAAUUAGAGGAUGAUUGUGUUUUAGUGCUCGGAGUUUGGGGCAUGGGUGGAUCUGGAAAGACAACCCAUGCUUUAGCUUUGUAUGACAGAAUCGUUCAGGAAUUUGAGGGUGCUUGUUUUAUUGAGGGCGUAAGCCACGUUUACAAAGUUGGUGGUGCUACUGCUUUGCAGAAACAAAUCCUCUGUCAAGUUUUUAACGAAGAACUUUCAGACAUGUACAGUCCUUUUGAAAUGUCUGGCUUCUUAAGAAGAAGGCUUUAUGGGAAAAAGAUCCUUAUAGUCCUUGACAAUGUUGAUGUGCCAAGGCAGUUGGAGUUAUUGGCUAUAAAUCGUAACAUGCUUGGGAACGGAAGUAGGAUUAUUAUAACCACCAGGGAUAGACAGAUUUUGACUGCAUACGGAGCAGAUGCAAUUUACGAGAUUGACCUAUUGAAUGAUGAUGAAGCUUGUGAACUGUUCCUGAGUGCUUGUUCUGAUGUUACCGAUUAUGAGGGCUAUACUGAGUUGAUUCCCAGAGUACUGAACUAUGCUGAUGGUCAUCCGUUGGCAAUCAGAGUACUAGCUUCUUUUUUGCGAUCCCGUAGUGUAACCGUCUGGGAAGAUACCUUGAAUAGAUUGAGAAGAGUGCCAUAUUUUCAAAUUAUAAAGAUUCUUCAAAUAAGUUUUGAUGGAUUACACCAAGAAGAGAAAGAAAUCUUUUUGCACAUUGCUUGUUUCUUUCAUGGGAAGAAGCUAGAUUUUGUAAUCGAAGUUCUAAAUUGUUGUGGAUUUUUCGCUGGAUUUGGGAUUCAAGUUUUGAUGCAUAAAUCACUCAUUAUGAAAAAUGAGGUGGAGGAAAUUCGUGUGCAUGAUUUAUUGCAAGAAAUGGGAAAGAAUAUUGUUCGUGAAGAAUGUCUAGAAAAUCCAGCAUCGCGGAGUAGAUUGUGGCGUUACGAGGACUUUAGCUUUACCUUGAAGUCAACGAAUGAAGCAAGCAAAGUUAAAGCCAUAGUUCUAUAUGAGGAUACCUCCAUCUCCAAACAUGAAGAUCUGAACAUCGAAGGAUUGUCAAAAAUGACAAAUCUUGAACUGCUCAUAUUAUAUAAUCAGCAUUUUUCGGGAAAGCUUACUUCUCUUCCCAACAAAUUACGGUAUCUUUUGUGGGACGGAUAUCCUUUCUCUUCUUUGCCUUCAUUUGAACCAUAUAACCGUCUUGUUCAAUUGAAUUUGCCUAACAGCCGCAUCAAACGGCUAUGGAAUGGCAGUCAGGUAUUUCGAAGUUUGGAAAGGGUGGAUUUGAGUUACUCAAAAUUCCUCAGGGAGACACCAAAUUUUGAAGGGAGCCCAAGACUUAAGCGUCUAGAUUUCACAGGAUGCAGAGAGCUAAUGGAAGUCCAUCCAUCUAUCGGACAUCUUAAAGAACUUGCUUACCUGAGUUUCCGUGACUGUUAUAUGUUGGUCACCCUCAAUCUUGAUCAUAAAUGCAAAUUAAGUUCUUUGAAGGUUCUUGACCUCUAUAGUUGCAGACAUCUUAAGAAAACACCAGAUUUUACAGGAAUACCCAAUCUUGAGCACAUUGAUCUUGGAAAAUGUGAAGGUUUAUCCACUGUUCAUCAUUCUAUUGGGAAUCUUGAAAAGCUUAAGUUCUUAAAUGUGCCAGCCGACAUAGAUCUUCCUGAGUUAGGUGGUGUCAGAAUUAUUCGAACUCCAUAAGUUCCUAGUCGCGGAGAAAAAGUACUGUCUUCCUGGUAGAUAUACCACUGAGAGGCUUUCCAGGCUAACGUAUCAAAACUUGAUGUGUUAUUGUGUGCUUACAAGAUUGCAUAAGCCCUCAUUUGGUCUUAAUUUGAUUGCAACUGGAUCAUGACAAGGCACUUGAAUCAUCGAAUGCAUGGUGAGCAAGAAUAGUUGAGAAAUUUGAAGAGGAAGAGCUUAAUGAGUAUCUGAUGGCGGAACUUGGGAUUCAAUAGAGAGAGAAACAGAUCAACAAUUAUAAUGACAAUUAUUUUUAUUCCCCCCAUUUCAAAGUAUAAAUCAU